AUGACUAUCUCUUCAUCAUAAGAAGAUACCACCAUGCCUUAAAGAAUUGGAACGAAACUCACUGGAAUUAAAUGCUAUCUAGAUUCAACUCAUAUUCGUAAAUGAGAAAAGGAGGGAGAAAGAAUGGCAGCAUUCAGCGAAACCGCCUCAGAAUGGUGGCCCUUCUCAGCCAGCACAACGGCCGUCGUCGCCGGCAUCACCAUCUUCUUCCUCGCGCACCACAUCUCGUCGCGGAAGCUCGACCCGCGCGAACCGCCCGUCCUCGCGCCCGCCGUUCCCCUAAUCGGCCACCUCCUGGGCAUGGCGCUCCUGGGCGGGCGGUACGUCAAGAACCUCGGUAUCCGCCACCAGCGGCGGCUUUCCGUGUUUACCCUGCCGGUGCCCGGGUCCCGCAUCUACGUCGUCACGGACCCGGCCCUCGCCGCCGCCGUCCAGCGCGCGUCCAGGGCCUUGUCCUUCAACCCGAUCGUGCCCGAGCUCACCCAGCGCGUGCUCGGCCUCGACCACGCUACCGUCCAGAUCACGCGCAGGAACGUCGAUCCUCGGCCGGGCGAGGAGCGCGGCUUCCUGCCCGACAUCCAGGACAUGGUUUCCGCCUGGCUGGGUCCGGGGGAGUACUUGAGCACGCUGAGCUUGGACGCCGCUGCGGAGAUGAAGAACGAGAUCGCGGCGUACGCCUCCUCUGUUGCUGCCACUACCUCGAGCCGUGGCGCCGCUACUACGGGCUUACUUUCCUGGGUGCGCCACCUCGUCACCGUAUCGACAGCCAAGUACCUCUACGGGCCUCAGAACCCCAUCGCGCUAGACCCGGCGCUAGAAGCUUCCUUCUGGGACUUCGACCACGGCCUCGGCUCGCUGCUGAUCAACGUGUUCCCGUCGAUCACCGCGCGCCGCGCCCACGCGGGGCGGGAGAAGCUCGCGGCGGCGCUGCUCGCGUAUCUCGAGGCCGGGCGGCACGCGACGUCCGGGUCCGGGAUCGUCCGGAGGCGCGUGGAGAUCGCGCUCGAGCACGGCUGGGCCAUGCCGGCCGUUGCGCGGGAGGAGCUCUCGUUUCUGUUCGCGGGGAUCGUCAACGCGACCACUUCCACGUUCUGGAUCCUGCUGCACUUAUACGCCGACCCGGGUUUGCUCGCCACCGUACGCCGGGAAAUCGAGUCCGUCCUCUCGUCCCGCAGCGACGAGAACGAGCCGGCAGCAAGCUCCGCGACGCCGAAGCCGAAGCCGCUGCUGUUACGCAUCGCCGACCUCCGGGACAAGUGUCCGGUCCUCGUGGCCGUGUACCGGGAGUGUCUGCGCCUAGGAUCGGACACGUACUCGACGCGGGUCGUCAAGGAAGACCACCUUCUCGCGAACCGGUACUUCCUGAAGAAGAACGCAAUCGUGCAGAUCGCGGGCGGCGUGAUCCACGCGGACCCGCGGAUCUGGGGCGCGGACGUCUCCUCCUUCAACCCGCAGCGGUUCCUCGACAAGACGAACAGCCGGUCCGACGCCGAGGCGCUGAGCCCCGACAACGACGGCGGCGCCAAACCCCGGCCGAAGCAGCAGCAGCUGCAGCUGCAGCAGGGCAACGCGUUCCAUCCGGCGGCGUUCAGGGCCUUCGGCGGGGGGAAGACGCUGUGUCCUGGUCGCCACUUCGCUAUGAAUGAGAUAUUGGUGUUUGUCGCGCUGGUCGUGCUGCAGUUUGAUAUGAAGCCCGCUCGGGGUGAUAAGAUCGAUGUGCCGCCGAAGAAUGACGGGGUUUUACCUGUGCAUAUCCUGGAGCCGGUACGCCCUGUUGAGGUUGUGAUUUCGAAGCGAGAAGAUGGAUUUGCGCGGGAUGGAUUGGACGUUGAGUUUGCUAUGUGAUGUUGGGGACAAUUUAGCCCUUCGCACAAGGGAAUAUUGUUUCUUUUGAUGUUUAUAAGAUACCUAUGGUCAUGAAUGUAUAUGAAUUACGCGGGGAAUCAUUCUAUUGGGAGCAGGGGCACAUUGGCAACGAGUUAAUACGAAGG